UUGAACUAAUUGGAUAAAGCAUUAAACAUAUAAUAAAAUAUUUAUCUUUCUUUCUUUAAAUGUGCAUACAAAAUUGUGUGAAGUAACAGAUAACUGAAUGAAAUAUAACAUGACAUUCUUAAAACUAUUAUUAAGUAGAUGUGUAAUAUACAUAACUAUAAUGGCAAUAGCGUGUUCUAUGGAUGAUGAAGAAUCAAAAAUCAAAGCAGAAAUAAUCAAAUCAAGCAACAUAGGUUAUGUACUUCCGAAACAUUAUAAUAUGAAGAUAGAGUUAGACAAUUAUUAUCUCCAUAACAUAUGCAUAAUCACUUUAUGUAUUUUUAAUACAAAACAAUACAUAAGUUUUUAUGUACCGGAUACAACAAUUAUAAUGUCCACAAUAUUAAAUCAAAAUAAUGGUACGGUUUAUGAAACAAAAUACAUAAAUUUUAAAAGCAAUAUUGUCAGGCUCGAUUUCGGUGAUGUCUCAUUGCGUGGAAAAUACGAUCUGUAUAUAGAGUACUCAAUCUCAAUUAAUGACGUAAGGGAAUCUUUCGGAAUUCCGUACAUAAACAAAGAUGAAGAAACAGAGUGGUUAAUCGCAACAGGUAUCCAGCAAAGAAACAGGUAUCAAACGAGAAAACAGCAAAUAUUUCCAUAUUGGGACAAGCCAGAGUUAAGAAUUACUUUUAUUAUUUCCAUAAUGCAUCAUCCAAAAUACAAAGCUUUGUCAAAUAUGCCGAUACGAGAUACUGAAUUGACGAACGAUAAUAUGAUAUGGACAUAUUUUCACGAGACUUUUUUGAUCUCCAUAGAUAGUGUAGCAUUUCUGGUAUCCGGUUUUCGUCACAUUAUCCUCCCAGAUAAUGAAACAAUUCAUUCAACCAUAUGGUUCAGACCACAAUCGGAACCACAUUUAGAAUUUGCGAAAACUGUUAUUUCUUCCAUUAAUGUAUACAUACGUAGAUGGAAUAUUUGGAGGAGAGAACUUGCGGUGUUAACCUCUGUUUCAUUUGAGAGCAAAAUGGAUCAUGUCGUAAUCCCGGAUUUACAAAAUGAAAUGGAACAGUCUUUUGGUUUCAUUUUUUAUCGAGAAGCAGAUAUCACUUAUAAUGAAGAAUUAGAUCCUGUCGCAUACAAACCGAUAAUUGCGCGCUUAAUUGCACGUGGGAUGGUACAAAAAUAUGUUAAAAAUUUGUUCAGACCAACUAACUUAUGGCUUCAUACAUGGUUAAAUGAAGGAUUUAAUAUAUUUUAUCAAGCAUACAUUAUCGACCAGACUCGGUCAAAUUCCCGGAUGAUGGAUUUGUUUGUAGUUCAAGUUCAACAUGAAUUACUCUAUUUAAAUACUUAUGUUGUUAUAAAUUCUACUAUAGAAUAUAAUAUACGCUAUCCUGAAAAUUAUAUACAGUCUUCUCUUUCUCAUAUCAAAGGAUCUGUUAUAUGGCGCAUGUUAAAACGAACAUUAUCACGUCGUAUAUUUUUAAAGGGACUCAUCAAAUAUUUGGAUAAUCAAUUAGAUUAUCCUGCAGCAACAACUUCUCAUGAUUUAUGGAAUGCCAUAAGAUCUGUCAUGAUUGAAUUAAAUUUCAAGUAUGAUCCUAAUAUAAAAGACACGAUAGAUUCGUGGAUUAUACAGAGGUGUACUAUCGUGUUGAAGGUGACGCCAAAUUAUGCUACUGUUUUUCCAUCCGUAUCAGUAGAAUUUUACAACAAAUUAGAUGAGAAACAAUAUUAUAUACCUGUUACUUAUACUACAGAGUCAAAACUUUAUUUUUCCGUAACUUACCAGACGAAUUUUUGGUUAACACCAUGGCGUUCAAAAAUCAAACUCCCUUAUAAAGAAAAUGAAUGGAUUAUUCUCAACUUACAACAAACUGGAUAUUAUCGCGUCCAUUACGAUACUGCGAAUUGGCUAAAAAUUGCACAAUACUUAAAUUCUGAAAAAUAUAGUAAUAUACAUGUUCUCAAUCGAGCGCAAAUCAUUAAUGAUGCGUUUCAUUUUGCGAUAGAGAAGAAACUUGAAUUCUCCAUAUUUUGGGAACUCGUUUCUUAUUUGGCACAGGAAACAGAUUAUAUAGCAUGGUAUCCUAUGUUGAAAGCAUUUGAAAUUAUGUCGAAUAUCUUCCCAUUCUUGGAUUUUUAUCCUGAAUUUAAGGGUGUGCUAAAGUUUGAUUUUAUGCAGAAUAUUACAUCUAAAUACGGAAACUUAUAUGAUGAAAAUAACAUCAGCGAUCAUACUAAAUGUUUGAAACAAGAACUUGCAAAGUGGGAAUGUAUUAUAAAUGAAGAGCCUUGCGAAGAAAAAUCUAGGAGUCAUUUGAAAUGGCAUCUAGCAAAUCCUGAAGAAAACAAACUUUUGCCUAGAUGGAAGAGGUGGACAUAUUGUAAUGGUUUGAAAACGGCAGAUCGUGAUACAUGGAAUAAUGUUUUUAAUGAUUACAUAAAAGGAAAUGAUACAAUUUUAGAAUGUCUGGCUUACAGUAAAAAUUCUGAAAUUAUAAUCAAUUAUUUAAAUAUAAAAUUAUUACAAAUUUUAUUCGAAUUCAAUCUAUCUAAUCAUCCGCGUGGACUGAUGAAGCGAGCUUAUGCCUUAAAUGCUAAUAUUUUUCUUUCUAUCAUUGAGAGGCAUACUAAAUAUAUGCUUACAAGUUUAUUAAAUAAUUACAAAGAAAUAAGACACGGGCAUGUUAAUAAUAUUGUGACAUUAACUGUUAUAAUUAACAAUGUGUAUUCUAAGGGACAGUUGGGCGAGAUAAAGAAAUUCGUAAAAAAAGAGCUGGAAAAUUCAAUCAUUUCUAUUGUUGAAAACAAGAUAGAAACCCGCUUGUCGGAAAUCGAAAAACAGAUAAAAUAUUUUCGAUCUUUAUUCACAAUUGAAUAACUAGAUUUCUAAGACAUUAAUUGU